ACUGCAUAAAUAAAUAAUAAAAUGAAUAAAAAAGUGAUAAUCAAAUAAAAGAAUUGAGUGAAAGACAGCCGGAUGAGAGAGGGAUUUUAAUGAUGGGGAGGAAAGGAAAGGACAGGAUUGAAACACGACAGACCCAAAAGGGGGAGAAAGGGUUGUUCCAAUUGGACAAAUCUUAUCUCAUCAAUCUCUCUGUUCAUUGGAAAGGGUUUACAAUGUAGUAUGAGAUUUUUCACUGUUUGACAAGAUGGAAAAUCAUCUUUUACGGGCAAGGGAAAAUGAUCAAACACGUGCCCCUGAUUACCAGAGAUAUGCUCCACCUGCUGCUUGGGCUACCGUUGGAUGCUAACCUGAUUACCCAUGUUGCGUCAGUGUCAUAUCAUUCUUUGCUACAUCAAAUACCCUCCACCGUUUCCACAUCAAACCCAUAAUCAUCACGCAUCUUUCAGCCCACUCAUCCAUCCAUUACUCCCUUUUCUCUACAGUUUCUUUGCUGUACUAAACCACCCGUCGCUGUUUGUCUCUCAAAUGCCCAUAAACCACUUUGAGUAGAAACAAUCAAACGAUAACAACAUCAAGAAACAAAAGAAAAGUCCUUCAUGGAACCAAUCCAAAGCUCCCCUUCCUCAAAGCUUCACAAGCCUCCAAUUACCUUUGAAAACGCCCCCUGCACCUCUCAUUUCUACCCUCACCAAUCUUGGCUAAACUCUUACAACAAUCCCCAAAACCAUCCUCACCAUCCCUCCAUGUUCUUGUCUUCAAACCACCAUUCCCACAACUUUAACCUUAACGAAGUCGACGAAGACGACGAAUUGAGUGAUCAAACCUCCACUGACAACACCGAAAACCCUAACCGAAAUACUCAUAAAAGCCACCUAGACCAUGAAAGGGAACCUAUGUUUGAAAAGCCCUUAACCCCGAGUGACGUUGGCAAGCUGAACAGGCUUGUUAUUCCAAAACAACAUGCAGAGAAAUACUUCCCGCUCGGCGGUGACUCGGUUGAUAAAAGUUUGCUGCUGAGUUUUGAAGACGAGUCAGGCAAGUGUUGGAGUUUCCGUUACUCGUAUUGGAACAGCAGCCAAAGCUACGUAUUAACAAAAGGGUGGAGCAGAUACGUCAAAGAGAAGCAACUUGAUGCUGGUGACAUUAUUUUAUUCGAACGACACCAUACAGAUGGUGAUAGGUUGUUUAUAGGGUGGAGGAGGCGUGGUGCAGCGGUGGCGGUUGCAGCAGCUGCAGUGGAUGGCGGGAACGCCGUAAUGGGAAAUAAUAGGGGUGUUGUUGGCCGUGGCAAUGAAGGGUGGAGUAGUAGAGGAUUGUAUCAUGGACAUCCUUAUCUUGGGCAAAUUCAAGUCCAGGGGGCUAAUGUGCCAUACCAACCUAACUGUCUUCAUGCUGGAACCGUGGUUCAAAAUCAAGCCCCAGCUGGGAACCCAAAGAGGCUGCUGCGGCUAUUUGGGGUGAACCUAGAGUGUCAGCUCGAUCACUCAGAGCCAUCCACGCCUGAUAGCUCGUCGCUGUCGAGUCAGGGUCCAAGUCCAACCACCCACCAGUUUUACUCUCAAUCCUACACGUCAAACUACAUGGUGUCUGGUGACAGAAGGGCCAAGCUGACCAAGAGAUACGGGAAGCAUGAUCAGCAAUAAAUAAGAAACUUAUCAUAAAUGGAAAGGCUAGACAGAAACCAGAAAAGGGAUGAACACCUGAAUCCUGAUAAGAAGCUAUCUCAAUUUUUUUUUUUUUUUAUAAAAAAGCAUGGAAUACUAAUAAUUUUGAAUGCUAUCUCCAAGGUCAAGGAAAAACCUUGACAUUGUGCCAAGCUCAACCUCUAUAAAGAAUAAUAUAAAAGUUUAUGAAAAAGUGCAGCUAAGAAAUGCAUGAUUAAAUGGGUUAUAUAAAUGAUCUGGCCCCAAGGAAUUGGCUUCCUUAAAUGAAAACACGAUGGAAUUAAAUUAACGGACUGAGCAUAACUAUCAUGG